UCGCAAGCUUUCCUCCCCUAUUUAUUUCCUCUCUCCUCCUCACUGUCCCUCCUCGUCGCGUGCAUCUCUCCUCGUAUAUUCCGGUCCCAAUCUCCAACCCCCUCCUCAAAUCCCGACCCAGCCCGACACAAAUCCGCGCCCCUAAUCCCGAUUCCGCUGCCAGAAUCCAACCUCGCGCCGUCCUCUUUCAGCGAUUCGAGGAUUACUGAGCCGAUUUGGGCCCGGAGAUCGUGUCUUUCUUGGUGUUCUUGGAGCCAAGCCGUGAUUUGUGGUCACAAUUGGGGGGUGGAGCACGAUCUUUUUUGUGGAAGUUUGGAUUUUUGGUUGGAGAUUGUUGGGAGGUCUGGUCGCGGGGAGGUUUUUGUCCGGAAAGCCGGGUUUUUUCGCCGGAGGAACGGGUUACUUUGACCGCCGGUGAUGGUGGCGAGGAUGAUGCGGUGGCCGCGGCCGCCGCCAGCGCGGAAUUUUCAUGUACGGCUGGUGGUGCGGCGGGCGGAGGGGCUGCGGCCACCUCCUGCGCCCCUCUCGCCGGAGGGGUCCCCUGAGGCGGACGCGAAGGUGUUUGUGGAGGUGGGCUGGAAGGGCCCGAAGAUGUCGCCGCUGAGCUCGCUGCGGCGCGCUCAGAGACCGCCCCGGAACCAGACGCGGAAGGAGGCGCUAGCGACCGCCGUUGCCGCCCAGGCCGACGCGGAGGAUAGCGCCGCCGCCGUCGCUACGCCGGUGGCGGUGGCGUGGGAGGAGGAGUUCGAGAAGGACGCAACGCUCACGGCGACGUCGCACCGCGAGGUUGCCGCGUUCCAUCCGUGGGACGUCUCCUUCUCCGUCGUCAGUGAAUCAAAUAAAAUGUCAAAGAGCAAACUUAUUCUAGGAACUGCUUCGCUAAACCUAGCAGAUUACGCAUCUGCUGCUGAAGAGGAUAUCGAGAUAAUCCUACCAUUGUUGGUGCCCAAUGGUGCAACAGAGCUGGCCCCAUCACUCCAUCUAACUUUGAGCCUGGCAGAACUAAGAAUUCCUCGACAAUCACCUGAUGCUUCACAGCGUUCUGUUGUUAUUACGCCAUUGUCACCUUCCUCUGGUGACUCUGUUCCUUCUGGAAAAGAUGAGGUUUCUGUCAUUAAAGCAGGGCUGAGGAAUCUGAAAAUUCUAAGAAAUCUAGUAUCAACACGGAGAUUCAGAAAGACUAACCAAGACUAUGAUGGCAGUGAGGAGAAGUACUAUGUUCAUAGUGAUGGUGCAGAGUUUUCUUGUGAUACUGACUCUCUUGAUGAUGAUCUGGAUGAUAGAGAGCAGGAUGAUGACUUAGGGGGUUCAACUGUAAGGAAGUCCUUCAGCUAUGGCUCACUGCAUGCUAUGAAUGUCGGUGCCCUACUUUAUGCACCUAGGUUUGAUGGAGAUGAUGAGGGUUGGGUACAUUACAGUCACCGAAAUUCCGAUGCUAGUUAUCAUGUUGAGCAAGUGCCCUUGUCCACUGAUGAGGAGCGUAUUUCCAUACCUGUCCAGCGAAAGAGGAGCAUACUUCCAGUUCGAUGGAGAAAGACAAAAUUGCCAAAGGCUAAAGGGGAGCCUUUGUUGAAGCCAUAUGGAGAAGAGGGAGGUGAUGAUAUUGACUAUGAUCGGCGGCUGUUGACCUCUUCUGAUGGAUCUGUUUCAGAGGGAUCAAAUGGCUCUACUAAUAGUAUGAUGUCGGUAUUCGGUGAUGAUGAUUUUGUUGUGGGGAACUGGGAGUCAAAGGAAGUAUUUAGUCGUGAUGGCCACUUGAAGCUUUCUACACAGGUGUUCUUUGCGUCAAUAGACCAGAGAAGCGAACGAGCUGCGGGGGAGAGUGCCUGCACAGCACUUGUGGCUGUUAUUGCAGACUGGUUCCAAGCAAACCAGAACGUGAUGCCAAUCAGGUCACAGUUCGACAACCUCAUCCGAGAAGGCUCUCUAGAAUGGAGGAAACUCUGUGAGAAUGAGACCUAUAGAGAGCGCUUUCCGGACAAGCACUUCGAUCUUGAAACAGUCCUUCAUGCAAAGAUCCGCCCACUCACUGUUGCUCCCAGCAAGUCAUUCAUUGGGUUCUUCCAUCCUGAAGGUACUGAGGAUGUAAGCGGAUUUGACUUCCUUGAUGGUGCUAUGUCUUUCGAUAACAUCUGGGAUGAGAUAAGCCGAGCUGCGGAGUGCUCCACCGAGAAACCUACUCUAUACAUUGUCAGUUGGAACGACCACUUUUUCGUCCUCAAGGUUGAAACUGGUGCGUAUUACAUCAUCGAUACACUUGGUGAGAGGCUGUCUGAAGGUUGCAACCAGGCAUACAUCUUGAAGUUUGAUGACAACACCAUGAUUCAUAGAGUGCCUACUGAAAAGAAGGAAGCAAAUCCUGAUUCCAGUGAACGGCUGAAGGAUUCUUUGGAGAGCUCCUCAACUGAGCAGGACAGUGGAACUGACUCCGAAGAGUGUGAGCUCGUGUUGAAGGGUAUGGACACGUGCAAGGAGUACAUCAAAAGCUUCUUGGCUGCCAUCCCGAUCCGGGAGCUGCAGGCUGACAUCAAGAAGGGUCUCAUGGCAUCAACUCCGCUGCACCACCGCCUCCAGAUUGAGUUCCAUUACACGGAAUCAUGCCCUAAAGAAAUCACCAUGCCUGCUCCACUCCCCUCAUCUGAAGUCGCUUUCGAGUUUUGUUGGCCUGAGCCACCACCACCACCUGCCAUGGAGGUUGCCGUAACCCAUCCACCUGCCAUGGAGGUUGCCGUAACCCAUGCGGUCGCCGUUAUCUAGCUAGCCUUGGCUGCUGAAACCUAGUGCACUGGCUGCUUAGUUUAACAUAUAGAGAGCUGCGUUUUUCAAGGCGAAUUGUGAAAUGGACCAGAUCGAAGAUUUGGCUUCGUUUCUAGUUUGCUCCGUUUGCUGUCUAAUUAUGACGAACUGACUAGUAUAGCUUAACUGUCUUUUGGUGUGUGUGUGUUUCCCCACUUCUUCCAGGCUUUUGGGAGCUUUCAUUUUGUAAAGAAAGAAAUGGUGUUUGCUCCUGCAUAUCUUCACCUGUGAAGUGAGUUUGCUGGACUUGUAAUCCUUGCAACAUUAUCACUAUGUUAAUUAUCUCCUGUUCUCCUCAAAUACACUUGUCUUCUGGUUCAAGCUUCCAUAUUCUCAAGAGACAUUUGCAAUUUGACA